AUGACUAAUCUCUUCAGUUUCCCCUCAAGUUCCUUCUUACCUCUCAUAGCUCUACCCAUUCUUUACUGGGCCUUCAACUUCCCCAGGCGCCAAACCAAACUCACUUUCUACGUACACGACUACUUGACUGGCGACGACGCCUCCGCCGUUACAGUGGCCGGAAAAGAUGGGCACACUACCAGCAUCUUACACUUCGGAACCCUUUUAGCCGUCGAUGAUCCAGUUACUGAAGGCCCGGACCCAAAGUCCAAAGAGAUUGGUAGAGCUCAAGGUAUGUACAUCAACUCUCAAUUGGAUGGUAAAGGAUUGCACUUGGUUUUUUCAGUUAUAUUUACUGAGGGACCCUACAAAGGAAGCACUCUGGAGAUUCAAGGGGCUGAUCUUUUUGCCAUGAAGGAGAGGGAAUUUUCUAUAGUUUCUGGGACUGGUUAUUUCAGGUUUGUGAGAGGUUAUGGGAUUAUGACUACUGAGAUGUUGGAUAUUCCUAAUUUGAGGGCUAUUCUUAAGCUUGAUGUUACUGUCAAGCACUGUUGA